AUGCCCAAGAAAGGAUGCUCAACUUGCGAUGACCAAGCUGCUUCUGACCUUACCAAGUCCGAGGCUUAUUCUGACAAACCAGGAUGCAAGUUUAUGGCCAAUUACAACACUACUGGUGCUGCGAAACCGUUAGGAGUAUCAGUGUGCGAAAUGGCCGAAGACGAGAAGACGCUUGCCCAGCUGGUUGAGGUACUAAAGAAAGAAAACCUACAACAGAGACGCGACCUGGACGAUUGUCAUGAAAUGAAAAUGAGGCAAAAGCGGGAAAACGAGAGCUUGCAGCUCAAGAUCAGAAGGCUCCAGGAGGAGUUCCUCGAGGAUGCUGAGAGGUAUACAAGGAUCACGAAAGCCUACAGGGCCAUAGACUCUGAGGAGAAGGAGGAACUGCAAGAAGAGAACCGAGCUUUGAAGCAAGCAUUGGCCGACGUUGAGAGCGCGAUUGCCCCUCUCAAGAAGCUAUGA